UAAAAACACUUUUUGCGUUCGCCUACUCGCACUGUUCGUUUUUUUAAUUGUAUUUAUAUCGAAUCGUACAGAGUAAACAAAAUGCCGCAUUUUAGAAUCGAAACAAAUGUACCGAAAUCUAAAAUACCCACGGAUUUUGUCACGAAAGUUGUGCCGGUUCUUGCUAAAGCUCUCGGGAAGCCGGAACAGUACUGUGUAGUAUCAGUGAUACCAGAAUUGCCAAUGUGCUUUGGAGGAUCCACCGAGCCAUGUGCCAUUGCCAAUCUCAUGUCGAUUGGUGCUCUGGGCGUAGAGCAAAACAAGAAACAUGCGAAAGUUCUUUUUGAAAUUGUUGAAAAAGAACUGGGAGUACCACAAGACAGAAUGUACAUAACAUUUCAAGACGAACCUACUGGUAAUGUUGGGUUUAAGGGCACCACCUUCCAUGCCAUUUUUGGAUAAACACAAAAUAAUACCUCUACUUAACCUGGGAUGCUUAUGUUUAAGUGAUCGUUAGUCUACUGCUAAUUUAUUAAAAUCAGAAAAAAUAUUUCUAAUUAUAUUUUUCAUUUUUUUAUUCUUUUUACUUGUGUAUCUGUGAAUGGUCUUCCUCUUGUCUACAAUGACUUGAUCUAACUAUAUAGAGUAUA